AGCAAAAGAAGGAAUAUUCAAUUUGUGCUCCCUGUAAUGGCGAUUUCAAGCUUAGAUACUCAAAACCCACCGAGCAAAGCGACAGCUCCCAUUGAAAUCCAGUUCGUUAAAUGCGAAUCCUGCGGCUUCACAGAGGAAUGCACCUUUUCUUACAUCCUCCGUGUCCGGGAACGCUAUCAGGGCCGUUGGAUUUGUGGACUCUGCAUCGAGGCCGUCAAGGACGAGGCUCGGAGAUCGGAAACGCUUAUCUCCACCGAGGAAGCGCUGGACCGCCACAUCAGGUUCUGCAAUGAGUUCAGGUCGUCGAGCCCUUUAGAGAAACGCUGCACCCCAUCUCUGCCAUAGGAAGGAUUCUUCGUCGAAGCCUGGAUUCA